GGAAGAGACGGGGAGAGGGCCCCUGCAGCGGUACCGCCGGCCACAACAAACCCCGAGCUUACGGAGAGAGAGAGAGAGAGAGAGGGCUGGAUUUCAGGACGAAUCUGCGGUCGCUUCUGCAGCGUCUUCCGGACCCCGUGGUCUUGCGCUUUUCCUGCCACCAGUCGCCCGCGCUUCAGGAGGGAAGGCAGCGGAGGACUCGCCUCCUCAAAAGCCCGAUCGGUCGGCGGAAGGGACGUGGUAUGAGCCCCUCGUCGGCUUAAACGGCGGCGCAGCUGAACAUCGCCCGUUUCCCGGUAGGAGCAGAAGGGACCAUCGCACCUUGAACCUGCAGCCGAAGGCCCUGAGAGAUCCCCGCACAAACCUGCAGCGAUGCCCGGGUUUGAUUACAAGUUUCUGGAGAAGCCGAAGAGACGGUUCCAGUGUCCGCUCUGCAGCAAGGCGAUGCGGGAGCCGGUCCAAGUGUCUACCUGUGGACACCGUUUCUGUGACACCUGUCUGCAAGAAUUUCUAAGUGAGGGCGUCUUCAAGUGUCCAGAGGAUCAGCUACCGUUGGACUAUGCCAAGAUCUACCCAGAUCCAGAGCUGGAGCAGCAGAUCCUGGCUCUGCCCAUCCGCUGCAUCCACAGUGAGGAGGGCUGCCGCUGGACCGGCCAGAUGAAGCAGCUGCAGGGCCACUUCUCCACCUGCGCCUUCAAUGUGAUACCCUGCCCUAAUCGCUGCUCCGUCAAGCUGACGCGCCGCGACUUGCCCGACCACCUCCAGCACGACUGCCCAAAGCGCAAGGUCAAGUGCGAAUUUUGUGGCAGUGAGUUCACCGGUGAAGCCUACGAGAACCACCAGGGUGUGUGUCCUCAGGAGAGUGUUUACUGUGAGAACAAGUGUGGGGCGAGGAUGAUGCGUCGUCUGCUCUCCCAACACAGCAUGGCCGAGUGUCCCAAACGCACACAGCCCUGCAAGUACUGCGGCAAGGAGUUUGUCUUUGACACGAUCCAGAACCAUCAGUACCACUGCCCUCGGUUUCCUGUCCAGUGCCCAAACCAGUGUGGCACACCCAACAUUGCACGAGAGGACCUGGCUAACCAUGUGAAGGACAACUGCGGCAGUGCGCUUGUUCUUUGCCCCUUCAAAGAAGCCGGCUGCAAACACAGAUGCCCAAAACUGGCCAUCGGUCGUCACCUGGAAGACACAACUAAGUCUCACCUAACUAUGAUGUGUAACCUGGUGGGUCGCCAGCGGCAGGAGAUCCUGGAGCUGCGGAGGGAGAUGGAGGAGCUGUCUGUCAGUCACGACGGCGUCCUUAUCUGGAAACUCAACGACUACUCGCGCAAACUCCAGGAGGCCAAACUCCGGAGCAACCACGAGUUCUUCAGCCCACCCUUCUAUACUCACCGCUAUGGCUACAAGCUGCAGGUGUCUGCCUUCCUAAAUGGCAACGGCAGCGGGGAAGGCUCUCACCUCUCCGUUUACAUCCGCGUGCUGCCCGGAGAGUACGACAACCUGCUGGAGUGGCCCUUCUCCUACAAGGUGACUUUCUCCAUCCUGGACCAGAGCGACCCGUCGCUUUCCAAACCCCAGCACAUCACCGAGACCUUCAACCCCGACCCCAACUGGAAGAACUUCCAGAAGCCCUGCAGCAGCCGAAACUCGCUGGACGAGAGCACUCUGGGCUUCGGCUACCCCAAGUUCAUCUCGCACGAAGAGAUCAAGAAGAGGAACUACAUCCGAGACAACUGCGUCUUUAUCAAGGCUUCUAUAGAGAUUCCCCAGAAGAUAAUGGCUUAAGAUCCGACCUUUUUUUUUGUUUUUAUGAAGGAGAAAGAUAGGUUAAAGACUGGAACUAACACUUAACCUUGAAAACUUCUACACACUUACCCUUUAGAUACUUUCUGCCCUUACAGCCUCUCCACCACAGAGCUUGACGCAAGUCUGUUUGGCUGUGUGAGCUGACUCGAAGGACCUUGAUCUAUCACAGAGGAGAAAGUGUUUGGUCUGCAGAACCAUCACUCUCUGGUGUUUUCUUUUUUUAAUUUUUUUGAAUCUGUUUGCUGACCUUUUAUCACAUUUUACAACACAAAGCCUUGGAAAUCAAACAGUGCCUAGAGAGUUUAUCUUAAGUUAUAUUUUUGUUGUUAUUUCUGCAGUACAGAUGUUAAACAUUAUGGAAAAGAUAUAAAAAUGAGGGUGAAGGGCUUCGCUAAGCCUCUGCACUUAGAGUAGAGAGAAAGUUAGAGGCUGGCUAGAGACGUCCUGUUUUAUCUGGAGUGAUCUAAAGAGGGAGCUCAGCAGACUCAUGCUCAAGCCCAACUGCCUUUUGUUUACAUGCUCGUACAGUAUACUCCCACUGAUCCCUUAACAAACAAUGAGCCCUUGGUAAGAGACUACUCAUGAGGUUUGUGCACACACAAAGGAAUAAAUCGAUGUUUUCAGGUGAUUUAUGUGGUUUUUAAGGAAUGAUUCGACACUUCUUGUUGAGUGUUAAAUGAGAAGAUCGAAACCACUCUUAUAUCUGUAUGUUAAAUGUGAAGCUACAGCCAGCAGUUAUUUAGCUUAGUUUAGCUUAGCUUAGUUUAGCUUAUCGUAGCGUAAAGACUGGAAACAGGGAGAAACAGUUAGCCUUGCUCUGUCCAAAGGUAACAAAAACCUGCCCUCCAGCACCUCUAAAGCUCACUAAAUUAACACAUUAUAUUUCAUUUGUUUAAUCCGUACAUAACCGAAGUGUGAAACCAACACAUUGUCGUUUUACAACAGGCUAGCUGUUUGCCUGCUUUCAUGCUUUGGUGUUUAUACAGAUUCAACUAACAAGGUAUAACAUGUUAGCUAAUGAAA